AUGGAAAUUUCUGAUGAGAAAUAUAAUGAUUUGAUGAACACGAAAUCUGACUUUCUAAGACAUAAUACAGAAUUAAGUGUACAAGUCGAAUCUGACCAAAUAGUAACCAUUGUACAAGAAUCAAAAACUGUGUUGAACAAUGAUUCUGUAGAGAAAGAAAAACGUGGAUCACAACAUAGAUCCGAUGGACGUGAUAUAGCGGAAUUGAAAAAUGAGCAAACAAAACAAAAAUUGGAAGUUCUUUCCUUGAAAUAUUCUUCAAAUACAAAAAGUAAAGAUAUACUUUCCUCCCGAUCGGAUUCAGUGAUAUGCAGUAAGACUGCAAGCAAUGGGAUCAAUAUUGAGAAUAGAAAUGAGCUGUAUUGGGAAAAAGAUCUUGAAAAAUCAGAAGUGUGCAUUCCUCUAAAAUCCACACGGAUUAUUUUGAUUGGAAAGACAGGAACUGGGAAAAGUGCAACUGGAAACACCAUUCUUGGGCAAAAGAAAUUCGAGACAGCAACUGGAUUUGUCUCUUGCACUUCUAGUUCCCAGAAAGAAAUUGGUAUCAUAAAUGGUCAGCAAAUUGAAGUGAUCGACACACCUGGUCUAUAUGACACAUCAAAAUCAGAAGAAAUGGUCAAACGAGAACUAGCAAAAUGUUUGGAAAUGUCUUCACCAGGUCCGCACGUGUUCUUAAUCGUUCUUUCUGUGGGAAGAAUAACCAUCCAAGAAAAAUAUACUUUGAAAUACAUGACAGAAAUGUUCGGAGAUCAAGACUUUUUAAGUCACACAAUAAUUGUAAUAACCCAUAAAGAAGAACUCAACUCUGAAUAUGAUUCGGACGAUGACGAGGAAGACUUGGAUGUUUCAGAGGAGCUUGCUGGACUUGUUCGUGAUUCUGAGGAUCUUACCAGAAUGGUACAACAAUGUAGGGGUAGAUGUGUUGCUGUAUCUAAUAUUGGUGAAAAUAAUGGAUCCAAAAGAGGAGCAGAAGCUGAAAGACUUAUCCAAUCCAUAAAUCAGCUGAUAGAGGAAAACGAUGGCUUUUAUUACAGGAAUGAAUUGUUUGAGGCCCUGGCGAAAAGAAAAGAGCACUUACGGAAGGAAGAAGAAAAGAGAAUACAGAAUGAACUAAAAGAAUUAAAACAGAAGGAAGUCGAACGAAAACUGGAAAUGGAGAAAAGAGAACAAAAUAUUGAAUACCUAAAGAAAACUAUUACAGAAGAAGAGGAAAAAUCAAAAAGAGAAACAUCUGAUACGGGAAUCCAUCUUUUAGAAUUAAGAACAAAGCUUUACGAAUUUACUUCAGAAAAUGAAGAAAUAAGUAGGCGAAUGAUGGAAGAGACCAGAAGGUGUGAAAGAGAAAUCCAAGAACUGAGAAGAGAAAACCAAGAUUUACAGUUUGAAUUAAGUGACAUAAAAAACACCUUGUCCAAUUUGCGCAAAUUUGAACGCCAAAGAUGUAACAUAAUGUGA